AUGCUUGGUUUGGAUAAGAUCUGCUCUGCCUUCAUAGAAUCCCAAGGAGCCUCAGAGAUAGGUAGCAGCACUUCCAUCAGCAUCGAAUGGCACAAUACAUAUUACCAGUCGCUGAGAGUGUCCGAAAACACCAGUUAUCUUCUCUAUUCAGCCAUCCUGGAUAACCGUAUCCUCACAGAUACACGCCCUUGUAUCAGGGUCUUAGCCUACAGCAAAGACGUUGACCCGGACUCUCCUUGGUGUUAUAUUUGGUUCAACUCUACCGGCCCGCCUGCCAUCUCUCCCGUCUUGGUAAUAGUCGUUCACGGUGAACUCUUGCUCAACCUUGCUUGGGCAAAGUUUAUCCUCGUUUCAGUUCUUGACCAGUUGUACAGAGGGAAGGAUCGAGACGAUUACAUAGACUAUGUCCCUGGAUCGAAGUCUCGCCAGAUGGUGUACAUUCUCACCUGUCGAAUCCCGAAGAAAUACGCUCACCUUAAACCCUUGGCCGUGUCUCUGGUUCGUCGGCCGUGCGAGAGAGCGCUAACUUUGCUGCAGGUUGUAGGAUCCAUGGAACGUAACGCUUCGACUGCCUUCGCUGAGGGAGGCUUAAACCCAAGAAGCAUUAGACCACCUCAAUGGAACGUGGCGGUGUGCGGACCGGCCCUCUUCUACUACCACCAGGACAUCUCGGUUCGUCUGGUCGAGUGGCUGGAGCUGCUUCGGGCUUCGGGCUUCGCAAAGGUCUUCUUGUCCGAGACCGACGUCCAUCCCAACAUACAGAAGGUCCUCCAGUACUACGUGCAGGAGGGCUUUGUCAGCGUGACGAAAUUCACGUAUCCGGAGCCCUAUGUGAACGAACCCAACACCCGCAGGUUAUGGACCCUGUUGAAGCAAAGGGAGAUGUUUAGCAUGGAAAAUAUGUACUUCACUGACUGCGCCCUUCGCCACAUGCACGAGUACCGCUUCAUCUCCCACUUUGACCCGGACGAAAUGCCUGUCUUACUCAACCACGAGACUUUCCCUCGUUGGGUCGCCGAUUGGACAUACAGGCAUGAGGUCACAGCGGGGAAGAAGAAUGACCCCUGGAAAUCGCUUCACCUGGCUUGGUACUAUCACAACGACGAUUUGGAAACCCCGAGCGCGUCCCUUCCAAAAUACAUGUGGAUGUUACGUCAUUCUCGACGAUCCCUGAAGAAGUUUGCGGUAAAUUACGGAACAUCUAAGCCCGUGUUCAACAUGGAUGUGGCCUUGGGAGUCAAUUCUCAUAUGCUGAUGGCCUGUAGCUUUGGUAACUGCCAUGGAAAAAGCUACGUAAUCCCGCGAAGGGAAGCUUAUGUAGCUCACUUCAAGCAGACAUGCGGUGACUAUUGCAAGCGAGCCAACGCAACAAGGGAAGAACCAGCUCUUCUAAGGCAUGAGUCAAAGGUCAUCCCUGCAGUGACGAGAGUGUUGCAAAAACUCCAGUUGAUUUGAUAUCUGGUUGAAUUUACAAUUUUAUAAUAAUGUAUGUGAUAUCUAUACAUAUAUAUAUCUGUAUGUAAAUGUGU